AUGUCCACCGUGGACGCCAGUGUGCCUGAGCGGGACCGCAGAGCGGUGCCCGCCCACACGCCACCCACCGUCCGUCGCAGCGCCCAGGGCUGCACCAAACUGCGAGACAGCUGCCAGUCCUGUGCUGCCUCCAAGAUCAAAUGUCCGAAAGAAAAGCCCUCGUGCUCCAAGUGCGAAGCUCGGGGCAUCGAGUGCCAGUACUUUUUUGCAAGGCGCCCGGGACGUCGACGCGAGGACGGCUCAGGCCACCAGGCUAGUUGUACCAGCACCGACAGCAGCAGCAAUAGUACCAGCAGCAAUGAUACCAGCAGCAAAUCUUCCACCUCCUCCUCAUCCUCCUCAUCUUCCCCGUCGAAUCCAAAGUCCAUUCCAGACAAGGACCCUCACAGCGCCCUCUCCCUGACUGGUGACAAAAUCGAGGUCGCGGGACUUUCUCCCCAGCAUGGAUACGCGGCAAACGGCGCAGCCCCUCCCACCAAUUUACCUGCGAUCACCGGCUUCUUCGAUACACCUCAGAGCUUGACGAUAGAAGCUGCGCUGACGGCCGAUAAUGAUUUGGGCAAAUAUUCAUCAGACUUCUCGUCCGUGCUGGCGGACACGAAUAUGUUUUAUUCGCUUUCUGAUUUUGACCCCGACCCCAACGACAUAGAGUUCAACAUGACGGAUUACUUUGAACAUCCCUCCAUCGACGGCGACGGGGUCUCCCGUAGUUCGAAUGAUAUCGGAUCACUUCUCAUCCCGGAGACCAUCAAUUUUGGCCUGGGCGCGUUAGAAUCGAAUGAUCAUCUGGGUGCAUCGUUCGCAGUGUCGUCCGAGGCAAGCGUUCCCACGUUGCUGGCCACUACAGGUCCUAAUAUGACGAUGAUGCGCACGCUAACCACCGACAUAUCUUGUGGCUGUGUGACCCAGUCCCUCGAUCUGUUAAAGACUCUGUCGUCGACUCCGUCUUCCCCCACCUCCUCGAUGUCCGCCGCGGGUCCGGCGCUCUCGUCAGGCAGGACCGCUAUGGGCGCUGCGCAGGCUGUAUUGAUAGAGAAUAAGCAACACAUUGAGACAGUAAACAGCCUGCUCUCAUGCUCCUUGUGCACAGAGGAUUCCUUCCGGCUUGUAAUCGUCUCCAUGAUCGUGCUCAAGAUCUUGGAGCGCUACGCUUCUACGGCACGGGCCCAGGUAUUCGGCUCAAGGGUAGGCAGCGUGGAGAAUGACACGGGGCAGAGGUCGACAAACAGCAUUAUCUCAAGUAGCAAGGACCACAUGAGGGCACUGAGCCACACAUACACCAUGCCCCGCGACGAUAUCGCGAGUGGCCACGCCCCCGCCCGGCUCGUCCUUAGUGAACUGCACCGGGUGCAAACGUUAGUGAACCUGCUGUCGCCAAAACUAAGAGGAAGUAAGGAAGGCGAUGCUCGAGGCAUGGAGCACACAAUCUGGGGUCUCCAGGUAGCAAAUGAAAAUGACAAACCGCAAUCCACCCCAUUUUCUUCGAAUACGUUGGCUCAGAUGGAGAGCGACAUGCGGAACAGCCUCAGUUCCUUGGCUGCGGAUAUCAUCAAAAGACUUCGACAGAAUUAG